CCCCCCACCCCCACCCCGCUGUGUUGCCGGCGGGGAGCUGCCUGGAGGCGGAUGCAGCACUUGGCAGGGCCUCUGCUGCUCCCCGGCGCUGUCUGAGCGCACUGAAGAGGCGGGAGAGGGCACCUGUGCCACCUGAGCACGCCGGGGCUGAGGCGGGGGGGCAGGCUGGGCGGGACGCCGACCGGAGUGUGGGCUGUGGCUCAGUGGCAGUUGUCCGCGGGCCAGCGAGGAGGCAGGAAAGUGAUAUCAGAUGUGGAGAAAUUUAUCCCGCGGCUCGCGGAGUUGUCUGCUUUUCCUCAGAGUCUGGGUUUUGCUUGUUACCACGUGUCUAGCAUUUGGGGUCGUCUUAUCCUGGUUGAACCUUUUGUCAAGAUGAAGUAGUGCAUUUCUCCUCAAGAACGCUCUUACCUUUGAGUCCACCUUUCUGGUGAACGGGUCACCGUUCCCCCUCCCCCACCUUUAGUUAGCGUUUGCACGGGGCAUCCUUUCCCAUCUUUGUACUUUCUUUCUGCAUCAUGUUUUAAGUAGUUUGGGUUUAAUCCAGCCUGAUAGCCGGUCCUGUAGGUGGAGGGUUUGGACUGUACGGGUAAUAGUUUGGGAUUUAGCUGUAUCCUCUUACCAUUUGCUUCUUAUUUGUGCUGCCUGUUCUAUGCUUUAUUUCCUUUAUUGCCUUUUUCUGGAUUGACUUUUAAAAACUCUAUUUCUCCUCUUAUUUGGUAAGUAAUUAAAUAUUGUUUUAUAAUUUUUGUAGUGGUAGAGAUUACAAAACACAUCCAUGACAACAGAGCUCUAAGCGUGCGAGACCCCUGGGACCUCACCGCUGAUGCUGGUGGACGAUGAGCUGGAAAUCAAGGCUUACUAUGCGGGCCACGUGCUGGGGGCGGCCAUGUUCCAGAUUAAAGUGGGCUCAGAGUCUGUGGUCUACACGGGGGAUUAUAACAUGACCCCAGACCGGCAUUUGGGAGCUGCCUGGAUUGACAAAUGCCGGCCCAACCUCCUGAUCACAGAAUCCACGUACGCCACCACCAUCCGAGACUCGAAGCGCUGCCGGGAGCGAGACUUCCUAAAGAAGGUCCAUGAGACCGUGGAGCGUGGCGGGAAGGUGCUGAUCCCCGUGUUUGCGCUGGGCCGUGCUCAGGAGCUCUGCAUCCUGCUCGAGACCUUCUGGGAGCGCAUGGACCUGAAGGCCCCCAUCUACUUCUCCACGGGCCUGACGGAGAAGGCCAACCACUACUACAAGCUCUUCAUCCCCUGGACCAACCAGAAGAUCCGGAAGACCUUUGUGCAGAGGAACAUGUUUGAGUUCAAGCACAUCAAGGCCUUCGAUCGGGCAUUUGCCGACAGCCCGGGUCCCAUGGUCGUGUUUGCCACACCAGGGAUGCUGCAUGCCGGCCAGUCCCUACAGAUCUUCAGGAAGUGGGCAGGGAACGAGAAGAACAUGGUCAUCAUGCCCGGCUACUGCGUGCAGGGCACCGUGGGCCACAAGAUCCUCAGCGGGCAGCGCAAGCUGGAGAUGGAGGGGCGGCAGGUGCUGGAGGUCAAGAUGCAGGUGGAGUACAUGUCCUUCAGCGCCCACGCGGACGCCAAGGGCAUCAUGCAGCUGGUGGGUCAGGCGGAGCCGGAGAACGUGCUCUUGGUGCAUGGCGAGGCCAAGAAGAUGGAGUUUCUGAAGCAGAAGAUCGAGCAGGAAUUCCGGGUCAGCUGCUACAUGCCGGCCAACGGCGAGACGGUGACGCUGCCCACGAGCCCCAGCAUCCCCGUGGGCAUCUCACUGGGGCUGCUGAAGCGGGAGAUGGCACAGGGGCUGCUCCCUGACUCCAAGAAGCCCCGGCUCUUGCAUGGCACCCUGAUCAUGAAGGACAGUAACUUCCGGCUCGUGUCCUCAGAGCAGGCCCUCAAGGAGCUGGGCCUGGCCGAGCACCAGCUGCGCUUUACCUGCCGUGUGCACCUGCACGACACGCGCAAAGAGCAGGAGACAGCCGUGCGCGUGUACAGCCACCUGAAGAGCGUCCUCAAGGACCACUGCGUGCAACACCUUCCUGACGGCUCCGUGACCGUGGAGUCCAUCCUCAUUCAGGCCGCUGCCCACUCAGAGGACCCAGGCACCAAGGUGCUGCUGGUCUCCUGGACCUACCAGGACGAGGAGCUGGGAAGCUACCUCACGUCUCUGCUCAAGAAGGGCCUGCCCCAGGCCAGCUGAGGCCCCGCCGCCAGGACUGUGUGCACCCUGGGUCUUCCCUGUGUCCUCGGAUGUGGAGCCCACAGCUGGCUACGACCCUCAUCUGUGCAGAGACCACAGUGCCACCACGCCCCUGCCCGAGUGGCUGCUUUUGGCCGAAGAAAGAAACGGACCUGGGGGGCUUUUCACCUUUUAUUUCUGCUCCUGGGCUCCCAGGAGAUGGGGGGGGGGGCGCUCCCGGGGUGUUGAUUUCCAGUAAAAACAACCACAGGCUGUU